CAAUCAUCAUCCAACUUUGUUCUAUAUCUUUUGUUUUUUCACCAUAAAUUAAACAAAGAGGAGAAGGUUCUUAUGUUAUAUUUUCAUGUUAUUUACAUCAAAAUUCUCUUCAAUUACAUUUCAUUUUGAACAUGAAGAUGGUCUCCAUGAAAUAUCUUUGUGUUCUUGUUCUAUGUAUUUUUGGUUUCCUAUCUUUGGUUACUUCCAUUGGGAAUAGUUCCGGAGGGACCGCCGAUGGUUCGGAAACAUGGGGAUAUGUUGAUGUCCGACCUGGUGCACAUAUGUUUUGGUGGUUGUAUAAGAGUCCUAAUAAACCCAAACAUUCAACCAAACCAUGGCCUACAAUUCUGUGGCUCCAAGGAGGCCCUGGUGGUUCGGGUGUUGGUUUUGGAAAUUUUGGAGAACUCGGACCCUUAGAUGUUGAUUUGAAGCCAAGAAAAUCAACAUGGCUUCAGAAAGCAGAUCUCUUGUUUGUGGAUAGCCCAGUUGGGACUGGGUAUAGUUAUGUGGAUAACGAUAACUUGUUUGUCACAACUGAUGUUGAAGCAGCAAUAGAUGUAACAACAUUGUUGAAAGCGAUCUACAAUGGAAACCAGACCACUAUAAUGUCUCCACUUUAUAUUUUCGCAGAAUCUUAUGGAGGUAAAUUCGCAGUGACCCUUGCACUUGCUGCUCUACAAGCUAUAGAAACGGGGGAACUUAAGCUUCAACUUGGAGGUGUUGCGUUGGGCGAUAGUUGGAUUUCUCCCGAAGAUUUCGUGUUUUCAUGGGGUCCGUUACUUAAAGACGUGUCAAGGAUUGAUGAUGUUGGUUUGAAUAAAUCGAAUAGCUUAGCUCUAAAGAUUCAGCAGCAGAUAGCAGACGAUCAGUUUGCAAAGGCAACAGACACAUGGGGGGAUCUCGAGGAUGUUAUCCUUGAUAGCAGCAAUGGUGUGGACUUCUACAACUUCAUGUUGGAUGGGGAAAAUGAUCCAACUUCGCUGACAACAAAAUCAUCAAGACGAUUUGGAAAGAAGCCUUAUGCCAUGGUCUCCGAAGCCAAUGGAAAUGAUCUGGAUUCCGUCAUGAAUGGUCCAAUUAGACAGAAGCUCAAAAUCAUUCCCACUAACGUGAAAUGGGGAGGACAAAGUGAUGGUGUGUUUCUAGCCAUGGAAGGAGACUUCAUGAGACCAAGAAUCGCGGAGGUUGAUGAGCUUUUGUCAAAGGGUGUAAAUGUUACUGUAUACAACGGACAGAUUGAUCUAAUAUGUGCAACUAAGGGGACAGAAGCAUGGAUCAAUAAACUCAAGUGGGAUGGUUUAUCGACAUACUUGAAUCUUGCUCGGACUCCAUUAUACUGUGGUGAAGAUAAGAGCACCACAAAAGGAUUCUUUAAGUCAUAUGAGAACUUUGCCUUCUACUGGAUUCUUGGAGCUGGCCAUUUUGUUCCGGUUGAUCAGCCAUGUGUGUCUCUAGAGAUGGUGGGUAGUGUCGUGAAUACGCCUAGCGUCUAACCAUCAGUCAUCUAUGUACUGUGGGCAGAUUACAGUUUUGGAUUCAGGAAGUAAUUUAAAGUGCGUCGUAUUUGUUUCUAUUGUUACAAAAGAAAAAAAAAACGAAUAAGGUUGUUCGUGAAUGUGUAGUAACAGUAGUGUCUCAACUGAUUUACUUUAGUACUUGUAUUGCUCAUCUAAUCUUUUUGGACACAAACAUAGACCGUUGAUUGUAAUAAAAGAGCUUGGAAACCAUAAAAUGCUUUAGCCGUUUGAGAUAUUAAUAGUUAAAUAA